GGCCGAUUGAUUGAUUCAUUGACCUCCCAUGAAGUACGUCUGUCUGUCUGUCUGCGACCGUCACACUCACACACACGACACACACACCGACACAACCAUACAAUGAUUGUACGGUAUACACCCCGUCCGUCCGUCCACCUCCCCCCUCACCUCACCCAGUCACUCCCCAUUCCACCCACUGACUGAUGCGAUGACAUGUGUGAUGUGAGGGGAACAAUACGCAUUAGAUCCAUCCACACACACCCCCCCACUCACCCACCAUGUGUGACGAGUGUGCGCAUGCUGUCUGGCGCAUCACAUCGGUUGCCCGCCCUCUCUCGUUCUCUCACCAUCUCUCUCUCUCUCUCUCUCUCUUUCACUCUCUCGCUCUCAUAGCUCACGCACACACGCACGAAAAAUGCCCCGUCCAUCGAUCGAGCAGCCAACAGGCACCACCACGCCUGGCUGCCUGCCUGAUGGACAACAGAAAUACACUAGCUAGCUACACCCACCCAUUCACUUCACUUGGACACACCGACGCAUCGCAUCGACUCAGUCGAGUCACGCGCUGUCUUCUGUUGUGUCCCACCCCAUCAGCGAUACGGUGCUACCCCCCUCCCCUCCUCCCUGCCCACAGACCCACAGGCACACUCACACACACGUGAUGUGUGUCGGACUGGGAGUGAGUGGGCGUCAUCAGGUCAGGUCAUGGGAAGUGCGAUGUGAUACGAUGAGAUGCGAUGCCAACACAGUGAGUGGCACAGCACAGAUGAGGACUGAGUGAGUGUGUGUGGUGUGAAAAAGGCCCGCUCUCUCGGGAGUCCCCGACGAGCGGCAUCCGGCUCAUCAUCCCUGACGACGGCCUCAGCCCAUCCAUCCAUCCAUCCAUGCGACUGCCUGGCCCACCCACCCCACACAUGCAUCCCUCUCUCCCCCCUCCUUGGCCGUCUGCAUAAAGGUGCACAAAUACACACACACAAGGGUGGUGGGUGGUGGCCGGCAGGUACUCUCUCUCUCUCUCUCUCUCCGCCCUCUCGAUAAACAAGCCGUCGGCCGCAGAGAAAGCAAGAAGCAGGAAGCAGAAGAGCGAGUCGCAUGGAUGGCAUGGCAUGCGACGCAGCCCUUACUUAGGCCCUUACGCAUUCGUUCGUUCGACAAUAAUGGUAAUAAACUACACACAUAAACUAAAGCGACUGGCUUGACCUAACCGACGGACGCCACACACAGAGAGGCGGGCAGAGGAGAGCAGAGGAGGGAGGAGAUCUCGAAUCCCUCAACCAGCCAACACCUGUCUCUCUAUGCCCUAGGAGUGCCCGCACACACCCCCGUGACGAUGUGCUGGAAGAUGCUGCCCAGACAGGCGCCCAUGCUGCCCCCCGGCAUCCCAUCGCGCUUGCUGCCCUUCCCGCCGGGCGACACGGUGUCCUUCUUCCAGGCUCGGUCCUUGUGCCCGCGCCAUCGGCGGAACCCCUGACGCGUCAGCAUCCUCUCCACGGCCUUCAGGUUCACCUCGCUCGUCGCGUCGAUCGGGAAGAUGGCGUCUAGGAGACCACAGGGACCCACACACACACACAGAGAGAGAGAGAGAGAGAGAGGUGGGGGCAUGUGGGUGGGUGUGUUGAGUGGGGGCGCGUGUACCGAAAGAUGAGACGUGGAGGUUGACGGAUCGGAGGUUGGGGAAGACCUCCAUCACCUGACGACCCAGCUGCGUCGAUAUCUGAUAAUUGACAAACCACACACACACAACGCAAAGAAGACACACACAACAGAGACAUACACACAUGUACACCAGCCCCCUUCAACUCGAUGGCCUGCCUCCCUCGAUCUGUGUCUGUAGGGCUGUACCUACCUCCUGUGUGAAGCCGUCGCUCUCCCUCCACCCGUUGGACGCCAGCAGCGUCUGCAACGCCGGACCGUCCACAUGCUGAUCCCUCUCCCUCUCCCUCCCCUUGGCCCCAUGGUGGUGGUGGUGGUGAUGACGCACACACGCACCGCUGCCGCUGGUGGGGGCCGUGGUGCUGGUGGUAGUGGCAGCGGAUGGGGGUGUCGCGAGUGCGGCCAUGCUGGCCCUCCUGGCGGCUCUGUCGCGCGCCCUCUGUUCCUGCAGCUGCCUGGCGGUCUCGAUGAGGGACUCGAGCAUGGGUCUGCGGACGGGUGCGAGGAUGAUCUCUUGGACGGAGAAGAAGGCCGGCAGGUUGUGCAGCACGUGGCCCACCCACUGCUGGUAGCCCUCCACAUAGCUGAAGUCGCCACCUGCAGUAACAACCCAGUCACACCACAGCACAUCAAUCACAUCACAUCCACACACACGCCUCUCCCCCUCCCCCCCCCCGUCUCUCUUGAGGCAUCCUGCUUACCAACGGCGAGCGUGGUCAGUUUGGUCAGGUGCCUCAGAAAGGCAAAGUGCGUGUCGAUGGUGGCCCUCAGCCGCGGCGCCAGACACAGCAGCGCCUGAGCGUACAGCGGCGCCAGGCCCUCCACCUGCCCGCCCUCCAGCACCACAUCCCACGGCAGGUUCACACACAGCCGCAGGUCACUCAGGUUGGCGCACUUGAAGGCCGGGUGGAAGGCGUAGAAUGGUGGGAAGGUGCUGUUGGCGGCCCAGCCGAGCUCCUCCAGCUUGGGGAAAUCGCACGCGGGGAACACCGGAAUGGCUUUCCGGUACACACGCACACGCGUGAGCCUCGUCGACCCCCCGAUGAGCGAUGACGGCGAUGACCCGCCCCCACUGCCCGUCGGCAGCGGCGCGAAGGUCACCCUCCGCUCCCGGCGGUUUGUUGUGGCUGCUGUGGGUGUGUCGUCGUCGUUCUCCUCUGCCGCUGCUGCUGCUGCGAGAGAGGAUGGGGGCGAGGCCGGUGCGCUGUGGGGGGCGGAGGGGGGCGAUGGCGGGGCCGCCUGGGUGACAGACACUCCCACGGCAUGAGGGUCCGCCGGCGAUGCCGGUGCAUCGUUGACGAGCGAGCAGCAGAGGCACACUCGUCUGAGCGACAGCCGGGACCUCUCGAGAAACCGCUGGCACUCAAGUGCGUGCAGCUCUGCGGGCGAGAAGAGGAAGAUCUCCUCCAGGUGUCGCGCGUCGGCCAGGAGGUGCUCCGCGCCGCCGCAGCAGUGCCUGCAGCUGCUGCGGCACACGAGGUCCAGCACACGAAGAGACCGCAGGCGCGCGCCAGACGAGAAGGCGAAGGCGCCGUUGCCGCGAGCAGUGGGGGAGGUGGGCGACGGCGGUGAGCGGGGGGUGGGUGUCAGUGUGGGGCGGGUGGACACCGAACUCGCCGAUGCCGCUGAUGCCGCUGAUGCUGCCGAUGACGACGUCGGCUGCUCGUCAUCAUCUUCCUCGCUGCUCGUGUCCUCAUCGCUGCCACUGGUAAGCGACUCGGACCUUUCUAACAGGCCCUCCCGCCUCAGCCUCUUCCUCUGCCGCCUCCUCCUCACGGCGACCACUUUGCUCUCGGAGUCGUUGUCGUCGUCAUCGGUGGUGCAGGCCAUCGAGCUGGCGGCCGUCUCGUGGGCGAGGGACAGGUGCGUCAGGUGGGGGAACUCGCGGGCAGGGACGGUGUACGGUGGCGGGGCGGGGCGUGCGAGCAGCAUGGGGAAGGGGUGGGAUGGCCUGACGGGGUCGCCCAGCAGCUGCAGCCUCACGCUGGAGAGAGUGGGGGCGUUCUUUGCGAGGGUGCGAUUGAAGUCGGAGGGCGGGAGGAGGGCGGGGGGGAUGCUCGUGAGGGUCAGCGUCUGACAGACAGCAACACACAACACAACAAGCAAUGCAGUACAUGCCCAUCAGUCAGUGUGUUGCAGCUGGGGCCGGGCCUCACUCGUUGACUGACUCACUCCUUACCUCCAGCUUGUGGAAGUGCCGGAUAAACCGUCCCAGCCUCCCCCGGCACUCCCGCAUCUUCUCGGCACGGCUAAGCGAACCACCACCACCACACACGCCACCAACGCGGUCCUUCGGGCUGGGACACGACCCGCUCCACCGCACCGCUCCCCUGCCGAGCCGCCUCUCCCUCUCCCCCCUGCCCCUCUCCCCUUCCCUCUCCUUGCCAAGCUCUAUGUGCAGCGUCCGCACGGCCAACGCACGACUGAAGCCGCGACCUGGGCCGUCGAUGCUUCUCAGUGCGAUGGGGAGGGAGCAGGGUAGCUCGCUGUCGGCUUCUGGCUCCUUCCCCUGCUGCUGCUGCUGCUGGUGGAGGUCAGGGUCAUCUGCUGGGGUGUUGGUGGGGCUGGUGGUGGGAAUGGGGUUGGUCGUCUUUAGAGGGAGGCUGGUCCGCUUGACGAAUCGCCUGUGCGGUUGUGAGGGCAUGGUGAGCAGCCUGUGGAGCUGGUUGAGGCCCAUGAUGUGUAGGGUGUGGUAGUUGCGGGAGGCCUCCUCCCACGCCUGGCACACCAGCGCCGCCUUCAAAACCUCCUGGUCCGGACUGGAGAUGAAGUCCAGAAUGCUCAUCACCACACUGAUCAUGAUACACACACACACAGGCACAAAACCCCACAACGGAUGCAUGGAGCGUGUCGCGGCUUUGCUCCCUACCCAGUGGGGAUGGCGUCGAGGUCGGCAGCCCUGUCUGCUGCCGCUGCGCCUUCGUGGACAGAAGGGGGAGUGCCCAUCUGCCCCAAGCUGCCUCGCUUGCUGCACCGGUUGCCCAUGAUGCGAUCCACAGAUGCGAUGGACACGACUAGCGCUGCGGGUGGUCACGCGAGCGCGGUGGUUGCGGGUGGGAGGGCACCUCUCGAACGACAGGAAGGGCUCAUGCGAUGGGAAGGACGGCUUUGUGUCACAUGAUGCAGAUGCGAUGCCGUGGCGAUAGCUGUGAGAUGCCGAACGUCUCUUUCUUUGGUGUCCAGAUCUGCG